AUGGCUUCAGGCUCUCAGCGAUUCUCUCUCACCUUUCUCCAGGGCAUGGGAUGUGUCUUCUUCAUCAUUCAGAUCGUCUCUGUUCAGGCUGAUGGGAAAGUUUUUGCACUAGAGCCCAAGAACAACUCUCAGAGUCUGGAUUUAGCCGAAGCUGAGAAAGCUUGUGUUGACCUGAGCGCUCACUUAGCAACUGCAGAAGAACUGAAAAGAGCUGUUCUGGACUGCUCUUUUGCUGGCUGCACCACAGGAUGGCUUGCUGGUGGCUCCACCGGGACAAUUAUAUGCAGAAAGACGGGCAGCAAACAGCAGAGCGUGAAAGCCGUUGAUGUUAAAAUUGAAACCCAUCGCUUUGUGAAUGACCAAUAUGAUGCUUUUUGUGUAAAGGAUGAAGACAAGCCCUGCGGGGACCCACCGUCCUUCCCCCAUACCAUCCUGCAUGGCCACACUGGCUUUGAGAUGGGGGAUGAGCUGCUCUACGUCUGCGCCCAGGGCUACAUCAUGGGCAACAAGGAGACAGCAUUCACACUGCUCUGCGACUCCUGUGGGGAGUGGUAUGGGCAGGUUCAGGCCUGUGUCAAAGAUGAGACUGAGGCACAUAUUGACUACGAAGAUAACUUUCCUGAUGACAGAUCAAUGCCUAUUGUUGAAAAUGAACAUAUCAAUGGCAAAGAGGAAAACGAGCAGGAACAAGAACAGCUUUCCUUCAGUAAAAGUUCAGAGGAAAGAACUGGAAUCGCCAGAGGUGUCACUCUGAACACAGAUACUUCUCAAAAAGGAAGCAGGGCUCCAACUGAGUCCCCCAUGUCACUUCUAAGCCAAAAAAACUUGUUUUGGUUCCCAUCAGAGGCCUUCAGUGCACCUGAAUCAGCAAAAGAGACGGAUGAUUCCACUGAAUCACAGUUUGCUGAAGGUGAUAACCACAUUGGAGGGAAGACAGCCUAUGAUGAACCUGGUGCCAAAACGUUCUACGACAGCGAGGAUUUUCCCAUCGGACCCAUUCUCACAAGUAACAAUUCAAAGGCAGAAGUAGAUGCAGGUGCCAUUACUGAUGAGUCGUGGUUAGAUGGCUACCCAGUAACACAAGAAGUGGUAGAGGAUGAUGAAGAGGAGGGGGAUAAAGUUGAUGGUUCAAUGGGAGUAGAAGAUGAUAUCAUCCUCACAACUGACCAGCCCAAUCACGUUGAAGUAAGAAAAUCAGGCAAUGGUAGUCCAGCCCCAGAGGAAGGUUUAACACAGAUUGUGGCAGCGACAACAGGGUCAGAUGAUGAAGGGGACAAAGAGACACUGGUAUCCCUCAUGUCAGCGAGUGGUUUGGAGAACUUAAGUGUGAGCAGAAGUUAUGAUGAUGCUGUAUGGGACCACUCAACUACAUCCCUGGAAACUGUGACUCAGGAGCCCAGUACAACAAUGCUGUUUGAGAUAACCAGCUUACAAACGUCCAUGUCAGAAACCUCUGUGAUGGUCAGCCCCUUCGAUCACGCUCCGUUUGCAGAGCCAAAGGAAACAACUGCCUACCCAGCACAGGCAGCAACCACGGCACCAGCUCCAGCUAUCCUUACUGACACGUCAGCCCAGGAAUUAGAUGAGCGAGAAAAUCACACCCAGGGCCCUGGCGAAGAGCCCGUCCCCACUUCUGAGCCUUGUGAAGGAGAGGAUUGUUCCAAGUCCAGUAAAGGUGCUAUCAUAGCAGUAAUUGUGCUUUUUCUCUGCUUGUUACUGGUUUCAGCUGUACUGGCUGUCUGGUUUUUCAAAAAAUGGCAGCAGAAAAAUUCUGUAUAUAAACUAAAUGGAAGGAGUCAGCCCAGACAUCAUUGCUACCACCACUACCACCACCAGCACAUUGAAAUGCAGAAAGUCUAA